AUGUCUAGGAAUAUAUUGACUUUACUGAAAACAAAAGGUUUAGCACCAUCCUUACCAACGUAUGCCUCGAAAACAACAGUGCUAGAGUCACAACUAAAAACUUUGUCGUUAUUUAGUGUUGGCAGGCAUAGAGCAGAAACUAACAAUAAAUUAUCCUCGUUACCAUUUAACACUAAGGGUAAUUAUAUAUUGCUGGCUAACACUAGCACAAAUGUCAAUGCUAGUUGUAGAUCUUUAUUAUUAUCUAAAAGACAGUUCCAUAAUACUCCAACUUCCAAAAUAUGGUGGAAUAGUAACCGUGGUGGCAAUUUCAAUAGUUUCAAUAACCCAUUUCUCGGUGGUGGUGGUUUCUCUACCUUCUUAGGUAUAGCUGUUGGUGCCUGCGUUUUCACGAUAGUUUUAAUGAUACUACCAUUUUUUUUAGUUUAUGUGAUAUUGCCGCUUAUUUUUUUGUGUUUGCUUCGAAACUUAUAUUUAAAUUGGAAAUUUAAACAGAUCUUAAAAUACGUAAAUAAGUCUCAAAUCUAUAUGCCAUUGAGGGUUGCUAGAUAUUUCCCAGUGAGAAAUUUCUUUAAGUUGGAGCAAAAUGCCCUUAAUGAUAUUUUCCAACAGCCCAACAUGAGGGGGUUCCCAUUCUCUGGUGGUAAAUUCUCAAUAAACAGUUUUAACUUCCCUUACAAUGAUGCUUCUGUUAAUAAAACUAGUAGUGCAAUUAAUGAAAGAUUAAAAAAGAGUUGUGAUUCAAUCCAAAAAUUUAUGGAAUACAGAAUCAAAGAAUUUUUCACUAAGAACGAAUGUAGUGCAGCUAAUUAUUUCUUCAAAGAAACUUAUCGGGAUGAAUUUUUAAGGAGUAAUGGUUUAAAGUUUUCAAUUGAUGAUUUUUCUAUAAAUAAUCGUGAUAAUAACGGUACUCGUCUUCCAUUUUUUAAGCAAGGAAUUAAUUUAUUAUACAAAUUUAAUUGCUUCCGUAUGGAAUCCCUAUUAUACAUAACCGAAAACGAUGGAAAUACAAUACCAAUUGCCAAAAUCGAUUUAUAUAUCGACAUGAAUCCAGCUAGAAAUCGUGGUGAUAAUGGCAAUGUUACUUAUUAUUCUGAUAAUAUUGAAGUACCGUUUUGUAUCACUCUAACAAAUUUAAAAACGGGUAAAGUUUUUUAUAUUUUGACACCUGGUGAUUCAGGUACCUUUUUAUUAUUCUGA